AUGAAUCUCAUCAAUGAGAAAGACUGGAGGCAAACUACAUUAACCAUAAUCAAAGAAAGUGAGGACGAUACUGAAAAUGUGUUGGUGGUGCCGAGUAUAAUCCUCCUGCAAUUCCAGAACUUCGACCCAGUCACCAUUCCUGGCAACGAAGCUGAGGUCAAUGCAGCAAAAGAGAAAGGGAAAGAAUGGUUGGAAGGAGACAAAAGAGCAUUGGCGUUGAUUGUAAAGGCAGUUCCAAAGGAGAAGCUGUAUGUGGUUCGAGAAUGCAAUUCAGCCCACAAAGGCUGGAAGGCACUCAAGAACAAGUGCCAACCCACAAAGGCUGGAAGGCACUCCAGAACAAGUGCCAACCACCCAAUAUAA